GCUUGAGUGCGAAUGUUUCCAAUCUCGGUCAAACUCGUAUGUUCUCGGAACUGCUUACAUUAACAGCAGUGUUACUGAUAGGUAUCAGCUGUUCUAGUAAAUAAAGAACGGUGUUUCGAUAUGGACAUCGUCGAGAGUGUCACGGAAAAUCAAGAAACCAACGAGGAAGAUGCACUUAAAUUGGAAGACAGAAGCAACCGUUCUUCGGUGAUAGCCGAGGAAAAUGAAAAUUGGUAUUACAUGCCGGAUUCUAUUCUCUUAAAUAUUUUUCAAUAUUUAACACCGAGGGAGUUGACAAUUGCUGGAGAAGUAUGCAGAUCAUGGCAUAGGGUAUCACACGACGAAUUUCUUUGGAAGGAUCUGUUCUAUCAGACAUACAAAAUAGAUCCGGACAUCGGCAUUAUGCCAGGGAAAACUUCUUGGUUAGGAGAAUUUAAACGUUUAACAUAUCACACGCCACUCUUAGAAACAGAAGUACUAAAAGAUCAUUCUCAUCAAGUCUUACAUGUUAGCUUUUCACACAAUGGAAAAAUGUUUGCCACUUGUUCAAAGGAUGGAUAUAUUUUUGUUUGGGAAAGUCAAUAUCCUGUUAGUAUAAAAUACCUUCAUGAUAUGAAAACAUUUAGUUGGAAAUAUACACAGUUCUCACAGUUUAAUUCUUCUGAUACCUUGCUACUUGUUUCUGGAGUACACUUUGGGACUCCUGUUAGUACUUCAGGCGAAAUAGCAGUAUUUAGAUUAGCACCUAGUUUUGAUCUUCAGUGUAGAGUAAUAAAUAAACCCUAUGACAUAUUUGGUACAUGGUACAGUGAACAUUACCUUAUAAGUGGAAACUUAUGUUGGUUGGCACAUUUAGUUAGUACUAGUUUCCUAUGGCUUAAUAAGGCAGAUCAAGAGUCAUCUAGUGAACUUAUACCUAUUAUGACACAGCUGUUUAGAUUUUACAACGGUAAUGCUUCAUCAGUUCGAGCAAUAAUGGUGGCUAAUUGUUUAACACCUGAACAGAAUGAAUCUGAAGAACAACAGAACCAACCUUCAUCUUCUAAUGUUAAAGAAGAAAGAGGAAAUCCACCAAGUCAUAAAGAUAUUUCAUCGGCAUCUUCUAGUAAUACUCUACAGGAACAAGAAGAACCAAUUGUUCUUCGCCAUGCAUCAUCUAGAUUACAAUAUAGUACAUUGGAAGGUGGAUUUAUGAAUUGGAAGAAACUUGGUGAUGGUUUUGAAUAUGCUAAUCCUAUACAAUAUAAUCAAGAAUAUAGACAAGUAGAAAUGGAAAAGAAAGCACAAGAAUCUGAGAAAGAAAGUGAAAAUUCUCAGUGGGAUGAAGAAAAUGAAUCUGGAGAAUCAUCAAACACAGAAGAAGGUGAUACAGACGAAUUAUCAAAUAAUUGUGAGAAAUAUCUUAUUUUCACAACUGGAUCAAAAACUUACACACCACAUCAAGUGUGUUUUAAAAGAAUAAAAAAUUUUAAGUUUCCUACACGAGUAGAUCCAGGACCUUCAUUGCGUGAAAGAAUAGCACAAAGAGAAAGAGAACGAGAAAGACAAAAUUCUAAUGCAUUUUUCACCAAUUGGUUAGAUUAUGAAUCGGUAGCUGACCAAUUUGAUAAAGUAGAUCAUUUAAUUGAUUUACAUGGACAUAUUAUAGGAAUGGGACUUUCUCCAGAUCAUAGAUAUCUUUAUGUAAACACAAGGCCUUGGCCACGAGGUUACGUUAUUACAAAUCCAUUACAACCUCCGCCGAUAGCUCAAGAAAUUGAUAUACAUGUAAUUGAUUUAGUAACAUUAAAACAAGUUGGUACUAUGCUAAGAGCUCAUAAAGCAUAUACACCAAAUAACGAAUGCUUUUUUAUCUUUCUUGAUGUGUGCAAUGAAUAUGUAGCAAGCGGUGCUGAAGACAAACAUGGCUAUCUGUGGGACAGACAUUAUGGUGUGUGUUUAGCAAAGUUUCCUCAUUCUGAUGUUGUUAACUCUGUUGCUUUUAAUCCACGUGAUCCAGAAAUGUUAGUUACAACUAGCGACGAUUAUACUGUUAAAGUUUGGCGUAGUCGAGCUAUGGUACGUUCGCUAGAAUUGAAUGAAGAUUCGUUCCGUAGAGGUAUGGAAGUACGAAACAGACGAAAAUUUAGAAAAAGUAGUUAUAAUGUUGAUUGA